AUGCGUGCGCUACUAAGACCUAGGGCAGCCGCACUACGGCAUCAAUGGACAAUUACGAGACGGCGGUACCUUGCGACUGUUUCCGGUGAUUUACAACCUUACGAUGUCGUCGUAAUCGGAGGCGGCCAUGCGGGCGCUGAAGCAUGUGCUGCUGCUGCACGAUCUGGCGCAAGAACAGCCUUGGUAACGCCGAAAAUCGACAACUUGGGAACGUGUUCCUGUAACCCGAGUUUUGGCGGCAUCGGCAAGGGCACGAUAAUCCGAGAGAUCGAUGCGCUCGAUGGAUUGGCGGGGAGAAUUAUCGACAAAUCAGGUGUACAGUUUCAUACUCUGAAUCGGCGAAAAGGCGCUGCUGUCUGGGGACCCCGCGCUCAAAUCGACCGAGAACUCUACAAGAAACACAUGAAGGCCGAACUCUCUUCGUAUCCCAAUCUGUCGAUCGUACUCGACAGCGUGUCCGAUAUCGUCACUGAGCCUCAGGAAUUGUUCGAAGGCGCGUCAAGUCGCAUUGCGGGCGUGCGCCUGGAGUCCGGUCAAACUCUCCCAACAAAAAAGGUCAUCAUAACAACAGGGACAUUUCUCGGAGGCGAAAUACACAUCGGGCUGACGGCAUAUCCAGCUGGUCGACUCGGUGAGGCGGCGACAUUCGGGCUGAGCAAGUCACUGCGUGAUGCGGGCUUCGAGCUGGGACGCCUCAAGACUGGCACACCCCCCCGAAUUGACGCAGCGAGCAUAAACUAUGAUGUGCUGGAGAAGCAGUAUGGCGAUGACCCACCAACACCAUUCAGUUACCUCAACGAAACCGUGGCCAUUCAGGAGCAGAUGACUUGCAGUGUUACGUACACGACGGAGGAUACUCACCGGAUAGUGCGUGAAAACCUUGAUAAGACCAUACACAUUCGAGAGACAGUCAAGGGCCCACGCUACUGCCCCUCUCUCGAGUCAAAAGUCAUUCGCUUCGCCGACAAGGAACGACACAUAGUUUGGCUCGAGCCCGAAGGUUUGGACAGCCCUGUCAUCUACCCUAAUGGCCUGUCCAUGACAAUUCCUGCUGAGGCGCAGGAGGAGGUCUUGCGCACAAUCCCAGGUCUCGAGAACUCAAAAAUGCUUCAGCCCGGGUACGGUGUUGAAUAUGACUACAUCGAUCCACGUGGUCUGAAGUCGACCCUCGAGACAAAAGCCAUCAGCGGUCUGUACUUGGCUGGUCAAAUUAAUGGCACAACUGGGUAUGAGGAGGCUGCUGGCCAAGGUGUCCUUGCGGGCAUUAACGCCGGUCGUUCGUCUCAGGGCUUUCCACAGGUUUUUCUCUCAAGAGGGGAUGGGUACAUUGGCAUCAUGGUGGAUGACCUUAUCACGAAAGGUGUCACUGAACCCUACCGGAUGUUUACCUCUCGAAGUGAAUUCCGCAUGGCAUCACGUGCUGACAACGCUGAUUCGGUGUCAUUGAGCCCCCUACAGUGGAUCGAGAAGGGGUACCAUAUGAAGCGCAACACUCAGCGUCGCGAUGGUAUAGAUGUCCUCCGUCUCUCAAACCCUGAAACACGUGUCGACGUCGAUCGGCUUGCACCAGUCAUCCCAGGCGUAAUGGACUUUCCGCCUCGCGUACGCCGACGUGUUGAAAUCGAGUCCUUUUAUGCCCCGUACAUCAAAAUCGCCGAGUCGGAGCGCAAGCAGCUAACAAACGAUGAGCGCGUCAAGAUACCUCUCGAUCUCAACUAUGACAAUAUCCCUGGGCUUGCAAUGUCAGAGAAGGAGGCACUCAAGGCAGCGAAGCCAGAGAACCUCGCACAGGCGAGGCAUGUCGAAGGCGUGACUCCGUCGGGCAGUUUACGUUUGCUCGCUCACGUUCGUCGAAGGCCUGAAGCAUACUUGUUGGAGAAUGAUGCUUCACGUGGGCGCAAGACAGAAAGGACGAAUAAGAAUCGAGGUAGUGUAUAG